AUAUACUUGUGUUGUAAAUUAAUUUGAACUCGUAAGGAUUAAUUUAGUUAAUUCGGUGAAAAAGUAAAUUGGGUAAUGGCAUAACAUAUGUCCCGGAGUCUACACCCUGAUUGAAUACUAAACCAAACUAAUUUUUAAAAUUUGACCCAACAAAAAGUAACAUAUUAAAUUUGGAUUUGGUUGGUUUUGAAAUUAUCUUUUUUAUCCAAAAUAUGGACCAAAUAUAUGAUAUUAAUAUUUCAAAGAAACAGAGGCGGUGGGAAAUUUUCUUGCGAUUGAGCGAAGAAAGAGGAAGAGCUGCAACUAGGGUUCUUGCAGCGGGUUUUCAAUCUCCCAAAUAGAAUCCGAUUUUCUUCUUCCAUGAAACUUAGACUGCUGCUGGUCUGUCUUUUCAGCACAGUUUUGGACUCAUUGAUUCGAGUUCUGUGCUUAAUCUUUCUGUGAUAAUCAUAUUGACUGACUGGUCUGGAGUAUACUCCAGGGCCAGGCAAAAUGAAGAGUUGGGAUAACAAAGGACAACAUAGAAUAUAAAGAAUUAGAUAGAUGUCAAAGACGAUUGUACAACCUGUAGGGCAGAAAAGGCUGACCAACGUAGCUGUGGUGCGUCUCAAGAAACACGGUUGUCGCUUUGAAAUUGCUUGUUACAAGAACAAAGUCCUCUCCUGGCGCUCCGGCAUAGAGAAAGAUUUGGAUGAAGUCUUGCAAUCACAUACCGUGUAUUCUAAUGUAUCAAAAGGAGUUCUUGCCAAAUCCAGGGAUUUAAAAAUAGCUUUCGGGCAGGACGAAUAUGAUGAUGAUGAAAAGAUUGAUCAUGAAAAAAUUUGUCUAGAGAUUUUGGAAAAGGGAGAGCUACAAGUUGCUGGAAAGGAACGGGAAUCGCAGUUAUCAAGUCAGUUUAGGGAUAUUGCAACUAUUGUCAUGCAGAAGACCAUAAACCCUGAAACUCAUCGCCCGUAUACGAUUAGCAUGAUUGAACGUUUAAUGCAUGAAAUACAUUUUGCAGUUGAUCCGCACAACAGCUCGAAGAAACAGGCCCUUGAAGUCAUUCGCGAGCUUCAGAAACACUUCCCCAUAAAACGAUCUCCUAUGAGAUUACGACUGACUGUGCCUGGACAGGCCUUUUCUUCUGUUUCCGAGAAAUUAAAUGAAUGGAAAUCCAGCGUUGUUUCGAAAGAAGAAUCUGGAAAUAAGCUAUCUGUUAUCUGUGAGAUGGAGCCAGGCUUUUUCCGAGAUUGUGAUGCCAUGGUAAGGAAUUUUCAGGGUAGGUUGGAAAUACUCGCUAUCUCUGUGCAUGCAGAAGGAGACACAAAUGUUGAUCACUAUGAUGAUCAGGAGGAACCUUCAUCAAACUUACCCAAGGCAUCAACUGGUUAUGACGUCCAGCUGAGUGAAAAGUUGAACAAACAAACAAUCUCUGAGAAAAAAGCAGAUGCUAUUGGAGAUGUAAAGCAGCAGAGCAAAUGCAGUACAUGCAAUGCAUAUGUAGGUGAUUCAAAGCAAUACAGGGAGCACUUUAAGAGUGAAUGGCACAAACACAACUUGAAGCGAAAGACUAAGCAACUACCUCCAGUCAGUGCUGAAGAAUGCGUAGGCGACAUGGAGAUUAGCGACUCAAGGGCAGAUUUAAAGGAUUAUUCUUUUUGAGGUUGGCUUGUAUUGAUAUUUGUGUUUUGUCUUUAGACUUCAUGAGGAUUGACAAAAUUUAAGCUGUAAAUGACUACAAUUGCAACUUGCAAGCAUAGACGCUGGGACUUUGUAUUAAGCUUAUUAAGUAUUAGAUUGCUUGUUAUUCA